GCCCGGCGCAGCCGCCUUCGUCCCGCAGAGCCGCGCCGCGCUGGGCCGGCUUGGGGUUGGGGUUGGGGUCCCCCCCCUGCACUGGGGUCCCCCGACCCCACCGCUAUGCCUGGAGAGACGGCCACGAGUCAGGGGCUGCAGCUGGAGGGAGCCCCCCCAGGGGACCCCGCUGCACUGAUGCCUGCCAAAGAGGAAGCCCGCCCGCAGCCCGAGGGGGCCAGCUAUGAUGCAGCUGAGCGCAGCCCCCCCUCCAAGGGCUGCCCCCCACCACCACCGCCACCUCCAUCGCUGCUCCCCGCUGACCCCCUGGACACUCGCAUCGUGAUGGGCGAGGAGACUCACUGCCCCCCUGAGCUGCCCCCUAAAACGCCCCCCCGGCAUCCUGAGCUGCCCCCCGCCCGCCUCGACCCCGACCUCUUCUUCACAGCCCCCUCCACUCCAGUGCGGACGGGGGGGCCCCGCUUGAAGCCUGAGGAGGAUGGAGGGGAUGUGGAGAGUGAGGGGCUGGGCUCGCCCCCCACCUCCCCAUCCGGCUCCUACAUGACGGCUGAGGGGGGCAGCUGGGGGUCCUCGGGCACAGCCAGCACGUCACCCUCCUGCUCACCCAACCUGCUGGCAGAGGUCCCUGAUGGUGAGCCUGGUCCAGCAGCCUUCAUCCGCCGCUCCUCGUCCUCCUCUUCCUCCUCCGAGGAUGAGGAUGUGGCCGUGACCUCCAUAGGGCAGGAGGAGGAGGAUGAAGAAGAAGAGGAAGAUGAUGACGAAGGCAGCGGGCAGGAGGAAGGCUUCAGGCUGCCCCGGUCCCACAUGGCUGCCCCUGGGCUCAUCCCUGCUGCACUGCUGCCCUUCCGUGGCAGCCUGCUUUUUGAGGCUGAGGCUGUGGAGAUCACCCUGGUGCCAGCCCAGGCAGCGGCCGACCCGCUCUCGGGUGAGGAUGAGGAGGCUGAAGAUAAUGAUGAGGAGGACGCCAGCACCUCAGCCUCCUUCCUGCGCUCACUCUCUGAAACCUCCAUCAACGAAGGGGUGGAUGAGUCCUUUGCCUUCCGUGAUGACACCUCAGCUUCCUCCGACUCGGCCUCCUAUGACGGCGAGGAGGAUGAGCGGCUCUAUGGCACUGAGCGCCACGCACUGGGGGGGGCCCAAAUGGCUGCCGCCACCACCCCUGGGGACACCGAGCCCUCCUCGGAGGCCUCUGGGGACAUUGAGCUGCACCUGCGUGGUGACACGGCCCAGUUGGAUGGGACUGGGGAGCAAGAGCGGGUGUCUCUGGGAGGGUCCCCACAGCAUGAGGUGGCCCUGAGCCCCUCAGUUCUGGAGCCUACUCAUGGCAGCGAGGACGAUGCGUGCAUGGAGGUGGGGAUGGAGCAGCAUGCUGCCCACCCGGAGGAGGAGGUCCCCAUUGAGGCCCUCACCACGGAAGCUGACAUAGAGCUGACGGAUGAGGCCCCCAUUGAGACCCUCACUGCGGGAGUCAACGUGGAACCAUCGGAUGAGGCAUCCAUCAAAGACCUUGCUACAGAAGUCUGUGUAGAGCCUGUGGUCGAAGCCUCCAUUGAGGCCCUCAAUGCAGAAGUCAGUGCAAAGCUGGUGGGUGAGACCUCCAUGGAGGCACUUGCGGAAGUCAGCAUGGAGCUGGUGGACAAAGCCCCCGCUGAUUCCCUCAAUGUGGAAGGCAACAUGGAGCCUGCAGAUGAGACCUCCACUGAGGCCUUCCCCACAGAAGUUGAUGUAGGACUGGUGGAUGAGGUCCCUGUUGAGGCCCUCUCUGCGGAAGUCAACGUGGAACGGAUGGAUGAGACCCUCAGCUCCUCUUCCUCAGAGAUGGAGGAAGCCUCUACCCUGGAGCCUGAUACCACGCAGGAGCUGGACCCCAUCCCAGAGGAAUGUCCUGCACCAGAGCCCCCUGUCCCCACAGAGCCACCGCUCCUGGAGGAGAUCCUGCAGGAGGAGGAGGUGCCACCAGCUCCCAUGAUAGAGGCUCAGCUGGAGGCCACCCCCGGUGCAGAGCUGGAGGCUGCAGCCAGUACCCUGCAGCCCCCCUGUGCUGGGGAGACCAAAGACCCCGAACUCAAUGGGCUGGGGUGGGACACCUCAUCCCUACCCACUGCUAAUGGUGACCAUGAGCUUGAUGCUGUCCCAGCAGAGAGCCCUGAGCCUCCGUGUCCACCUGAGCAAGGCGAUGACAGCGGGGAACCCCAGGAGGAUGUGGGUGGCCAUGGGGACAACAGGACAGAUGCCAUGCCUGCACCACUGGGGGCCCCCACCCUGGGUGGGGAUGUGCAGGACGAUGUCAUUGAGCAGCCCCUUGAGGAGGAUGCAUCCCUCUGUGAGGAUGGGGUGGCCUCAGGCAGUGAGUCCCCAGUGGUGGCACUGAGUGAUGGUGGCAGUGAGGUGACGCAGGGUGUGGAGGAGACUCUCAGUCCCGCACUGGGAGGUAUGGAUGAGCCAGAUGCUGCCUCUGAGGAUGAAGUCUCCAGCAAGGAUGUGGAGCAAGGCCAGAGCCCAGAGCCCACCCCUGCCUCUGAGGAUUCGUCCCCAGCACUGCUGGACACCUUGUGCUCCCACACCGACUCCAGCUUCUUCACCACCCCCCAGGACAGUGCGGGGGAAGCGGCUGCCCCUGGGGUCCCCUCUCCAGCCCCACAGCCCUGCCUGGCCCUCUGUGUGCUGCCCCCAGCCCCUGCACCCCCACCACUGCACUUCACUGCUUCAGAGCAAGAAGUGUAUGUGGGGACUCCCCCAGACCCCCUUGAACUGCUCCCACCACCCGGUGCCUUGUUGGAGAGUGCGGAGGACCGCCAGCAAGUGGCCUCCAUGCUGCAGGGGGUCUUUGGGGACCUGCCCACCCCAGGGAGCCCCAGCCAAGCCCCUGUGGAGCUGCCAUGUCCUCCCUGUGCUGAGGAUGAAGCUGCUGCACCUGAACCCAAAGAGACCCCAGAGCCCAGCGAUGCAGGGAGCAUCCAGUGUUCUCCCCCAGCCUCGCUGCAGCCAGACCCAGCCCCUAUGCAGGGCCAGGAGCCCCCCAUCAAGGAGUCCCUGCUCCUACUCAGUGAAGACCCCAAUGCCAAAGUCCUGCUGGAGGAGGAGCAUUCCCUGGCCCCCCCUGAGGAAGCGAAGGAGGAGGCAGUGAAGGCAGGAUCCAGCCCCAUGGAGGAGGUGGAAGAGGUGGUAGCAGUGGCAGGAUCCAGCCCCAUGGAGGAGGAGGAGGAAGAGGUGGUAGCAGUGGCAGGAUCCAUCCCACAGGAGGAGGAGGUGAUAGCAGUGGCAGGAUCCAUUCUGCAGGAGGAAGAAGACGUGGUGGUGGCGGCAGGAUCCAGCCCCGUGGAAGAGGAAGAGGAGUCGGUGAUGGUGGCAGAAUCCAUCCCUCAGGAGGAGGAAGAGGAGUCAGUAGUGGUGGCAGGAUCUGUCCCUCAGGAGGAGGAAGAGGAGGUGGUGAUGGUGGCAGGAUCCCUCCCUCAGGAGGAGGAAGAGGAGGUGGUGAUGGUGGCAGGAUCCCUCCCUCAGGAGGAGGAAGAGGAGGUGGUGAUGGUGGCAGGAUCCCUCCCUCAGGAGGAGGAAGAGGAGGCGGUAAUGGAGGCAGGAUCUGUCCCUCAGGAGGAGGAAGAGGAGGCGGUAAUGGUGGCAGGAUCCAUUCCUCAGGAGGAAGAAGAGGUAGCAGAAUCCAGCUCCAAGGAGGAGGAAGAGGAGGUGGUGGUGGCAGGAUCCAUCCCUCAGGAAGAGGAGGUGGUGAUGGUGGCAGGAUCCAGCUCCACACCUAGCCUUAAGGAUGAUCGUGAAGGCAUGGAAGCCACCCCCAGCAUCCCAGAGGCUGUUCUGCCCUUGGAACCCCCUCCAAAGCCCAGCUCCCCAGAGGACCCUGUGCCCCAAGAGCCCGCCAAGGCUGCAGUGCCCACUCCCAAGCUUGCAGUGCCCACUGAGGCUGUAGAGCCCAUUCCUAAGGCUGUGGCACCUGUUGCCAUCCCGCUGCCUGCUCCCUGCCCACCGCUCUCCAAACUCAUCCAAGUGCCUCCUCUCUCCUCCUCGCCACUGCCACGCUUGGAGGACACCUCAGGGCUCAGCGAGGCCACGCGGCCGGAGGAACGUCCAUCUGUCCUGCCGGCCUCCAGGAAGCUGCUGGAGGCCCCAGAGCCAUCCCCACAGAAGGAGAAGACGAGGGGCAGGAAGGCACCAGCUGGCAGUAAGGGUGCACGAGGGCUGGAGGCAGAAGGGGGACCCCGCCGUGCACCCCGGGGCUCAGUGCAGUCUGAAUCCAGCUCCUCCAGUGAGGCAGAGUUGCCCUACCGUGUCCCCAGCCCUGCUGAACACCUGCCUGCCAUCGCCCUGCUUGAGGACAAGGCAGCACCGCGGCAUGGUGAGGCCAACCAUAAAGGAUCGUGCAAUGAGUCUGAGAGCAAUGAUGAGUCCAUCCCGGAGCUGGAGGAACCGGAGGGUGCAGAGCCACAGCCGAUGCAGACCCAGGCGCCGCUCACCCACUCUCUGGGCACCGGGGAGGAGAGCAUCAGUAAAGCCAAGCAGAGCCGCAGUGAGAAGAAGGCCAGGAAGGCCAUGUCCAAGCUGGGACUGAGGCAGAUCCAUGGUGUCACCCGCAUCACCAUCCGCAAGUCCAAGAACAUUCUCUUUGUCAUCACCAAGCCUGAUGUCUUCAAGAGCCCUGCAUCUGACAUCUACAUCGUCUUUGGGGAAGCCAAGAUAGAGGACCUGUCGCAGCAGGUGCACAAGGCUGCAGCUGAGAAGUUCAAGGUGCCCAUGGAGCACUCCCCACUGAUCACAGAGACAGCGCCUGCGCUCACCAUCAAGGAGGAGAGCGAGGAGGAGGAAGAGGUGGAUGAGACAGGGUUGGAAGUGCGGGACAUAGAGUUGGUCAUGGCCCAGGCCAAUGUCUCACGUCCCAAAGCUGUGCGGGCACUCAGGCACAACAAUAACGACAUCGUCAAUGCCAUCAUGGAGCUGACCAUGUAGCGGCCGGCCCCGGCCCCCUGUAUAGGUGCACAGUUCUCCUCACCCUGAUGUCCCUCCUUGAGCCCCAUGCCUCUGCCUUGCCCGCCUCCUAAUGCUCAAUAAAUGGCCUCAUGUAUCACUUGGAUCGCA